CUUAGAACGCAAAUGUAUUUGGACCACAUAGAUAGGCCGCUGGGUAUUGUGGCUCAUUACAGCUGCAGCACAUCUUCCAUGGUAUGUCCUCUUCUUGCAAUAAGUUAUUCGCUGUUAGAUCGCUAAUCGAAAUCCGACUCUGUUAUUAUAAAAAUUUACCUUGGAUGCACCCGUAGUCAUCCUUUGCUCUUUUAAAGUAGCGCCGA